CAACCAUCCAACUCGACAUUGUUGGUUAGGGGAUCCCGUGCACUCUCUCCAUGUCACAAUGCUCUCCUGUUUACGCUAUUCAUCACAUCGAGCCCACACACGAUAAGGCCGAGCGAAAGGGUUCGGCGACGGCGACGGAGACGGACGCCAAAUCCCGUUCGAGUACAGUUGAAUCCCUAAACAAUCGAAACUGACAGCCGAAUACGAACAUAAAAAUCCUCUCGCGAUCGUUCUCCAAUCAUCGCACCCUCUGUCUCUUUUGUGUGCGAGAGAGAGAGAGAGAGAGAGCGGCAAUGGAGUUAGAAGGUGAGAGACAAUGGGCUCUCUUUCUUGGAUUGUGCUCGUGAUUUCGGCCGGUCUGGUCGGGUCGGGUCGUCGUGGGUCCUCGAGUGAUUUUGUUGGGUAUUCUGGUUCGAGUUCGGCGGGAGUGCACUGCGGGCGUUGGUUCUUGUCUCCGGGGAGUUUAGGGCGUCCCCGAUGCGAAUCUUAGUUGUUUCGCUUGUGCAAACCUUUUCCCUUUAUGUUCUGCUUCUCGUACAACCUGCCUUUCUUUAUGAUAUUGUAGAGGAAGUACAAUGGAGCGAACUUCGGAGAAUCCAGUUCCAAUACGUUCUUCAAAUAUCCAAUUAGUGAAAAACCUAAAGAAGGCCGAUGAUGCUUGGGAAAUUCAUUCCAACGUGCUUUAUGGAUCAAGUGAUGCUAGCCUCUUUUCUAGCUCAUUGCCGUGUCUUCGACAUGAUAAAUUGAACUUUGCAAAUGCAUUGGGUGGUGUUCAAUCCACAGUUGAUGCAUCUUUUAAAUCGAAGAAGCCAAGCAAAGAUGUCGAAGGUAAGGUCUCUGUGGAUGAUCUCAACCUUCAAGGAACUGGGCUUUUGUUACCUGAUGAUGAAGAAGCACUUUUGUCUGGCAUAAUGAAUGAUUUUGACCUCAGUGGAUUGCCUAGUCAAGUUGAUGAGUUGGAAGAGUAUGACCUUUUUGGCAGUUUAGGGGGUAUGGAAUUGGAUUCUGAUUCUACGGAGAGCAUCACAGUUGGUAUAGCAAAGGAGAGCACCCAUAUGGAGAGCAUCCUUCAAGAACUUUGUUUGUGCGGAAUAUCAACAGCAAUGUUGAAGAUUCUGAACUGCUGUCACUCUUUGAGGGGAUUUGUGAUGAUAUCUUACUAUGAUAUUCGAUCUGCACGAACUGCCAUGCGUGCUUUACAGAACAAGCCCUUGCGACGUAGAAAGCUUGACAUCCAUUUUUCUAUUCCAAAGGAUAACCCAACAGAAAAAGAUAUGAACCAAGGAACUCUUGUGAUAUUUAAUUUGGAUUCUUCAGUUUCUAAUGAUGAUCUUAGGCAAAUUUUUGGGGCAUAUGGGGAAGUUAAAGAGAUAAGGGAAACUCCUCACAAGCGGCACCACAAAUUUAUUGAGUUCUAUGAUGUCAGAGCAGCAGAAGCUGCCCUUCGGUCAUUGAACAUGAGUGACAUUGCUGGCAAACGAAUAAAGCUAGAACCUAGCCGCCCUGGGGGAGCUCGUAGGAACUUAAUGCAACAACUGACUCAUGAAUUAGAACAAGAUGAAAGUGGAGCUUAUUGGCAUCAUGGGGGUUCACCUGUUACCAAUUCACCUCCAGGUCCAUGGGCACACUAUAGUGCAAAUGAUAACAGUCCACUACAAGUUCUCAGUAAGUCCCCCAGUGGGUUAGCAAGUAGCCCUAUUGGGAGUAAUCAUUUGACUACAUCGGGUUCUGUACUUCCUUCGCUGAUAUCAUCUGCCAAGAUUGCACCUAUUGGCAAGGACCAAAAUAGGGUCAAUCAUGCUGACCAUGUAAUCUCUAGUAGCAGUCUAUUACAUGGUGGGUAUCAGCAUUCCCAUUCCUUCCCAGAUCAUAGUUGUGGAAUGGUGACCACAGCUCCUGGAAAUUUAACUUCUUUUGGUCCUACUACUACAAAGUCUUCUGGUGUUGGGACUCUGACUGGCCCACAAUUUCUCUGGGGUAAUUCAACUUCGUACAUGGAAAAACCAGAGUCAUUCACCAGGCAGUCAGGAGCAACAGGAAUAUCAUUCAUGUCAAAUGGACAAGGGCAAGGGAAAGGCUUUCUCUACUCAAGCUACCAUGGCUCAUUCAUGGGAUCAUCUCACAAUCAGCAUCCCCAUCAUGUUGGGUCAGCUCCAUCUGUUGUUCCUUUUGAGAGUCAGUAUGGGUAUUUUCCUGAGUCACCAGAGAUUUCCCUCAUGAACAAGUUUGCAUUUGGAAAUAUUCGAUCUAAUGGAAAUGAUGGGACUUCAGUUAUGAAUAUGACUCCUCUGUUCACAGUGAAUCAAGGCAUCUUAUCAGGAAGCAUGCCAGCUAAUAAUGCAACCAAUAUGAGGAUGAUGCCUGCUCCAAGAUUUGGGCCUACGCUCUUUGGCAAUGCUCCAUAUCCUGGACUAAGUUCCAUAGGCAUUGAUAGUCUAGUUGAUCAGUACCGCAUUCGGCAAGUUGAAAACCACUGGAAUCUAACAUAUAACAAACAGCAAUAUCAGCUUGAUCUGGACAAAAUUAUUAAGGGGGAAGACACUCGGACGACGAUAAUGAUAAAAAACAUUCCAAAUAAGUACAUCUCAAAUAUGCUUUUAGCUGCAAUAGAUGAAUCUCACAAAGGCACUUAUGACUUUCUGUACUUGCCAAUUGAUUUUAAGAAUAAAUGCAAUGUGGGUUAUGCAUUUAUAAACAUGGUGUCUCCGUCACACAUAAUCUCCUUUUACAAGGCUUUCAAUGGAAAGAAGUGGGAGAAGUUUAACAGUGAGAAGGUUGCUUCUCUGGCAUAUGCACGAAUCCAGGGUAGAUCAGCACUAGUUACCCACUUCCAGAACUCAAGUUUGAUGAAUGAGGAUAAGAGAUGCCGACCUAUUCUUUUUUAUUUUGAGGGAGCAGAGGCUGGUGAUCAGGAACAUGUUCCAUCGAGCAGCAUGCACGGACAAGAAGUUUUGGUGGUGAACUCACCUGAAAGUCUACAAUGAAGCAGUCCAAAUUUUGAGCCAGAGAAAAGCACCUUACCUGGAACAAGCUCGGAGGCGUAGUGUUCUUCACAGCGACCACCACGUUUCUGUGAAUACUUAUAUUCUUAGGUACCAAGUGUAAGAUACGGUGAGGGGGAAAACUGCAGGGGCAGUUGUAUCAAAGGGGUGUCUCCACUUUUGAAGCCAUGGAUGCACCAAAGCACCAUCUUGCCGGCCCUUGGUGGAAACGGAGACUGAUAAGAUCCUGCUUCUUGUACAGAAUUAGAGUCAGAAAAUGAUGUAAAGGAAUAAUGCCCAAGUGUAUAGGUAAGAUCAAAGGUCAAUCCGCUGCUAAGCACAUUGCUAGCCAAGUGGUGCAUGGUUUUUGGCCAUCCUUGGCUCUCUUCCUCCGGUACCAAGUUAUUGUUGUUCCAAGGUGCUAAGGUCCGGAGUUGGAAGCAUCGUCUUCAACUGUAAAUAAGGGCACAAAAAUUCUUUACCCAUUUAGCUUGUCAAAUG